UUUAAUUCUUUACUAAGAGUUUUCAUCAUGAAGUCUGCUAAAAAUACUGGAACUGGCUCUUUAUGGGGAGAAUUACCAGCAAGAGAAACUGUGAAACAAGAAGUGAUAACUCCAGAUACCAUAGAGAAUGUUUGGAGACAAGUUAUGGAAGAAUCAAGCAACAUUGAUUGUGAUUUUCAAAUGGACAGGCAACCUGAGUAUAUACAAUUACCAAUGGGAAACCUUCAUGUGUUAAAUACUAUUAAUCUUCAUCAACAAUUACGAAUGAUGGAGGAUGGAAUGGUAUUGGGAAAUAUGACAACAAUUGAAGCACAAGAUUUGCAAGAAGGGAAAAAAACACAAAAUUCUUUUAGAAGUAUAUUUAAAGACUCUUCUACAAUACACUAUCUCACACCAGAAACAGCACGUUGUAUACUAAGGCAUGCAGUUAUUAUUCUUUUAGCUCAUAUUGGAUUUGAAAAGUCUUCAGAUAUAGCUAUAGAAACACUUACGGAUAUUGCCGAUCAUUUUCUGAGGAGAAUGACGCUCUUAAUGAAAGUAGCAUAUGAACAGAAAGAUCAUGGUUUUCCUGAUAUAGUAGAAAGGGUUUUGUUGGAAACAGGUGUUGGUGGUGUAGCUGCUCUUCAUGACUACUAUCAGGAAUACAUAUUGAAAUUUGAAGGAAACAUGAAAAAGAAGGUUGAAGCAAUGAUGGAGAAACAGAGGCAACUUGAACUUAAUGCUUAUAGUUCUAAGAUGGUUUUAGAUGAAGCGGCGAAUAAAUUACAAUUCGAAGAACUCGAUGAAUUCGGUAAUGUCUACCGAGAAGUGCCAACUCUUCAGUUGUUAGAUCCUGAAAUGGGUUUUCCUCCUAGUCUCGAUGCUGGCUUCCAAAUGUUGUAUAGUCUUGAACAGGAUGAAUUAAACAACUUGGAAGUAGAAGAAGAAGAAGUAAAUGUAAGUGAUUCGCCGAGUACCGGACAACGACCUGACACAUCCAGUGAUAAAAAAAAAUCUUGA